GGGUAAAGUUUAAAAGCUCGUAUAAAUUUACAUUUUACACGCUAAGAAAUAGCGAUUAGGCGUGCUUAAAAUUUUAGAUACGCUGCAGUCUAAGUAAAAUAUGAACUGAGUUAAACUUCCAAAGACUGUUGAUCCUUAACAAAGAUGCACUGGCUGUCGUUUCUGCUCCUUGGAGUCUCCUCCACGCUGCUGAUGGCCGAACACACCCCAUAUGUGUGCGAUGGCAAGGACGACCGGGUCUGCGACGAGUAUCGCUGCAUAUGCCGGAGAAAGACGUCAACAGAACCGUAUCCGCGAACAGAUUAUGAAUUUUGA